GUGACGUAUGUCACUCUAGUGUGACAAGGCUAGCCAAUCGUGUGUCCCACAUUAAAACACUAGAUCACCAGGCUAUCGCCGUUCUCCAUGUCGACCUCAAAAGCAAAAUCAAAAGUUCAACCAUUGAGCGAUCAGGAAAUACAGCAGACUUACUCCCGUCUGCAAAAUGAGCUCCAAAGCCUUGCUGGGAAGAUAGGCGAGUUGGAGCAAGAGGCAGAAGAGCAUGGACUUGUCCUUUCUACUUUGAAUGAAGCACUUCAAGUGGAACCUGGUCGGAAGUGUUUCCGCUUGAUCGGCGGUGUGCUAGUUGAGCGUACAGUCAAGGAUGUAGUUCCUGCUCUGCAAACAAAUCGCGAAGGCAUCAAAAAAGUUAUUGCCAAUCUUUCUGAGCAAUACACCACGAAGGAACGCGAAUUUGAGACUUUUAAACGCGAUUAUAAUGCUCGUCCAAUCAGUAGGGCGUAGUGUUGUGUCGCCGGUGUUUGGAUUUUACCCAAUGACGCAGUCAGCAGCAACAUGACCUCAUUAUUAGCAUGUGCGGCAAAAUUGAAGACCCAGUUGCAUAUCGUUCAAGCUGUCGGUUUGCACUAAGUUCUAAUCGUUGGGCUAGAAUUUUUGUCAUGUGGCUCACGACGCAUCUUGCAAAACACAAGAAUCAUAGCUGGCAGCAGCGUUGUCUACUAGUGUCUAUGUACAGAUGAUUUGACGCUGGAGUUUGUCUUGUAAUUUCGCAUCGUGUCGUUUUUAUUCAAGAUUGAAAUAUUGAAGAAUACAACGCGCUGGCUUCUAGAUCAGCUAGAUGUGGCGAUAAGUAAUUUGUUGCACUGCGAAGUUGCUGCGAAUAUUA